GUUCUCUCCCCAUAACAAAACGUCGCCAAAUUCCUUGAGUUUUUGGCUGUCUGCGUUUAGAAGUUUUUUUUAAAGGAACAAAAUGUUGGAUUGAUUGAAUAGGUGAAAAUCAACAUAUAUAAACCUCUAAAGAACGUGGUGUAAGUAGCGGAAAAGAGAGAGAAAAUUGAUCUCCAUGGAUGAAAAAGAGUAAAAAGGAUAACGAAGACGAGGAGGAGGGCGCGUAACGGGACAGCAAGGAAAACAAGUUUUAAAGUCCAAGAAAACUAUGGAAAUGUAUGGUUUUUGACUUGCUGGACAGCAGGGCAUAAUUUGCAAACACAUUCCACCAAAAAAAGGGCCUUGAGAAUGGAAGGAGAAAAAGAAAAAGAGCGGGAGAGAGGAGAUGAAAAAGAGAGUGAUGAGACAGAGGAGGAUGCAGAGGGGGCCGCCUUGUUAUGGCAGGAGGGAUAUCCUGAAGAUGACCUGGGCUUACCCAUCAUGCAUUGGGAGGAUCUGAGUCUUCGUAUUGCUGAACUUGAGAAGCAACAAGAAGAGCGGAGACAGAGGGAAAAGGACUUGGACAGGCUGACAGUAGAUUGGCCAGAAAUCAGAGGGCUGAGUAGUCACAGAGAAACCUAUGAGGACAUGGAGGACGAUUGCAACAGUCGUCUGACUGCUCUGACAUCAAGGCUUCAAAGUCAGAUGAAUUUACAGCUCUGCUUCAUCAACAACAGUGAAAGUGAAGAGGAAGAAGAGGAAAUGGAGGCAAAGAAGGAGGCAGCAAAACAGUCCAGUAAGAGUAGCAGCAAUCAGAGGUCAGAGAGAAAGAACGUGGUUCAAGCUCUGCAUCGACUAAGAAAACUAAAUCAAGAGGGUUCAAGAAUGAUGUCAGAGCUGCACUGAGUGUACUCAGACAUAAAUUGAGAUUGGAGCAAAAACAGACUAUACCUCCCAGCGAGGCUCUCAGAGAAAGGAAGCACUACGAACGAAAUGACUUGAAGAAUUUCAGCUUGAAGGAGUUGAAAGCAUUGAGGACGUCACUAAGCAAAGACAUCCAUGACCUCAGUUCAGAGCUGGUGGGUCGACUUCUCACAAGGGACCAGCUGAGAACAGAGCAGGACGCCAUGCUGUUGGAGGUACAAGAUAUGACAUCACUCUGAUGCACGAUCAAAAUAAGUAUUUCCUCUAAGGAACAAAAUGACGGGACCCUUCGUUUACAAGACUGUCCGUGAGCUGCCUGAAAUAAUUGACUUCACUGUGAAAAGCUGCAUCACUCCAUCACUUCAAAAGACAUUUUUAAGGUGCCAAUGUGGAUUUAAAACUGCGGUUUACACUCUUGCUAGGUCAAACUGAUAAAGUGACAAAAUACGAUAUACAAAGUAACAAAAAACAAAUAUAUGUCAUGACAUGCUCCUUUGCUCAGUAUUACUCUAAUUUGUUUAGUGGCAAAGCCAAUUAAGCCAAGCCUCUCACGUGUUAAGACAUGGCUCAUUAAAUGCUACAAAGUAUGUGUGUGUACAUACAUUGCCAAGCAACUCAUAACUGGAUUGUUUGUGUCACUGUUUGUGUAAUACUUAAAUAUUAUUUUGUGGAAUAAAAGGGAAUUCAAUAAGA